CAUUUAGUUUGGUCGAAAUCCCAGCUGUUCUCAUGCCCUCGUUCGGUUGGCGGCAAUGUGUGGAAGUGACGGAUUGGGAAUUGACGGUUGGUGAAGGUGCCCGCUUUUUCUUUUAAUUUUGCGUUUAUUGAAUCAAUCGGGUCGCGAAAUUCGCUUUAUUGUCCAUCAGGAGCUAAACACAUCCUGGGCGCAAUGAGUAUCACGGAUUCCACUUACGACAAUUUACGAGAAAAGCUCGAUAUCCUCGGGUAUCAACAAACACUGCCACUCAGUGCUGUUCCUCUUGUGGGGGUGAUUUUUGAGGAUCUAAUCAAAACUACCGAAUCACUACGCAAUGCAAAACUUGAGAUAGCGAAAUAUUUGGAGGAGAAGAGUUGCUGGGAUCUAGGAGUCGAACCCUACAAAUGUGAUAAUUCUCGGCUGCUUUCUGAAUGUAAUUCAUUGCAUUUGGAGUUGGUUAAACAAAAGGACGAGUUUGAGGAGAAGAUUUGCGAUUAUCGGCAGAAAAUAAGGAAUUUAGAAGCAGACAAACUGCACCUGGAGGAGCAUUGUGCUCAACUUGAAAAGAAUGUCAGAGACCUUCUGGUGAAGCUUUCAGGAGGUUCAAAAAGCAAUAAAAAUGAUGUCAAUAUGAGCCGGAAGCCGUUCAUUUCGACUGUUAAGAGUGGAGGCUAUGUACCGAAUCCGGCGGAACCCUCCAAUGCGUAUCGGUGCACGAAGUGUAGUAGCGUCGUAUGGACCAAGCAUAUGGAUGGGAAAGUGCAAGAAGUGCAGCUGCUCCAGAAUGGACUCCAAUCGCAAGCGGACCAAAUCACGGCUCUAAAGGAAAAACUUGAACGUCGUGAUCGCGAAAUCAAUCGUCUUAAUGAUUUGCUUUGUGGUGGAAGGCCAGCCGAUGCCUUAGCGAAGGAUUGUUGUUAUAAAAAUAUUGGGACACUAUCUGAGGACGUAGAGGAUUUACAGAAGGAAAAGGCGGAACUAGUGAAAAAAUUUCGAGAAGCUCAAAAUUCUAUGCACGAGGCCAUGCAGAGAGCUAUUACCCUUGAAGAGAAAAAUAAACAACUGGAAAAUGAAUUAGAAGAUUUUCAAAAGGCAGCGUUGAGUGUUGAGUACGAAGCAAAUGCAGAGUUAGCAAAAAAAGAAAAUGAACUUUCGUCAUUGAAAAAGGAAUUGGAGAGAAUUAAAAGCAAUCAAGGAAAUGGGAAACCUUUAGACGAGAAGAAGAGACUUUCUGAACAACUGAACUUUCUCUCUCAAAGAGAAAAGGAGUUAGUAGUUGAACUUGAGAAGACGAAAAAGAAAAACGCCAAGUUGAAAAGUAAAAUCACUUCAAUUCAGCAAGAUACGACCAGCCAGGAUUUGUACAUUUCGAAAUUGGCUGCCGCAGAAGAAGAUGUUAAACGAUAUCGAAACGAAAGGGAUUUUUUCCAGAGAGAAUAUCUCAAGAUCGUAGAAAAGAGUGUUCCCAAUAAGGAAAUGGAAAUGUUGAAAAUGCAGUUGGCAUCUAAAGAUGAAGAAGUGAAGGCCCUUUCGAAGGAACUUCAUACAUCCUAUCAAAGUGCAAUGCCAUUGCCAGUAGAAGACCGUUCAAGCAGAAGUCAUUCAGUACAAGCAGCUAUUAUGCGUGCAGAGCGCGAACGGGAUGUUGUGAAAGAAGAGUUGAGAUUGUUAAAAAUAGAAUGCGAUCAUUUGCGAGAUAAAUUAGAUCAUGCGACUGAAAUGCAAAUGACUGAACGUUACCGCAUUGAAGAAGAAAAUCGACUACUGCAGAGUAAAAUACAUAAACUCGAAACAGAGAAACGAGAAGUAAUAUCUGCUCACAUUCCUGAAAGGACUCAGUUAACACUUGUCAAAGAAGAGUUGGAAGAAAUGAAACGACGGAUACAAGACCUUCAAUCCGAGAAUCACAAGUUGUCAACUACUAACCAUCAGUUAAGGAUUUUACAAGAUCAGACGGAAAAAGCUUUGAUUGAUCAUCAAAACAAGUUAUUAGCCGCAGAAACUAACUUAGAGAAUGCAGAGUGUCAGCUUCAGGCCAUAAAUACUACAAGGGAAUCUUCUAAAAAUGGAAUCUCCACAUUACAAAGGGAAAUCACAGCACUGAAGACAAGCAAUACGUCACUCGAAAAUGAAAAAGACAAAAUUAUGUGUGAACUUGACGUGAAAACUGAAAGAGUUUACCAACUGGAGCUUGAACUUAAGGCUGUGAUGAAACAAAAACAGGAAUUACAAACCAAAGUCAAUGUUUUGGAGAAAAAAAUAAGUGAAAUGGUCUCCCAAAAACAGGAAUAUGAAAGUGAACUUCACGAAACUUCUACUGAAAGUAAAACUCUCCGCGAGCAAAUUAGUAAUCUAAAAUUAGUGAAGGACCAAACAUUGGCUGAUAACUGCCGUACGAUAAAUGAGUUGGCCGAAGUGACGGCCGAGUUGCGACAAGUUAAACAAAAACUGAAAGAAUCAGAAAAGGAAGUUGAGAAGUUGAAACAGCAAUUACAGCAGUACGUGCAAGAAGUUAAACGUGUCGAAGAAUUAUUGUCACUUAAGGAGCAAGAACGCGAGGAGAUGUUAGAACAUUAUCGCUGCUUAUCGCAUGAUGCUGUUAUGCUCGAAGGAAACAAUCAGAGUCUAGAAAUCGAAGCAGCUGAUUUCAAACAACAACUAUGCGAUGCCCAAUCGGAAAUAGACAAUCUGAAAAGGGAAUUGAAAGCUAAAGACGACUGCUUAUCGAAAUUGGAGAGUCAAGUGUCACUUCUGUCAUCUCAAAUUUCGGAAUCUCAAACAGAAUUAGAACAAAAUUACGACGAACUUCGGCUCACGAAAGUGGAUUUAGAAGCAUCCAAAGAACUAAUAGCAAAAUUAGAUGUGCAAAGAGACAAGCUGUAUGCAGAGUUGGAGGAAAGUAAAACGAUUAGAAGCCAGUUGGAAAACGAAAUUAAAGAACUUCGGAAUAGAAUGGUUAACAUUGAUCCGAGUGAUAGAUCGAAUCUUUGCUCGAUAGAAGAGCUUUUGAGUACGACUAGGAACGAGUUGGAGUUGCAGCGGAAAAGAACUUGUCAAUUAAAUCAGGAUCUAGCAUCAUUAAAGAAGACCAUCUGUGAACUUGAGGACAAACUUACUAAAGAACGUAAAAAGUGCCAUCAGAACGAAACGUUGGCCAAAGAGUACUCACUUAAAAUCAAAGAACUACAACAAGUGCUUACGAAUAAUCGGUUUGAAGAGGAUAAGACACGCGGACGCUCACCAAGUAAAAUAAGCUCUCCCAAAAAACAAUAUUACUCGAUUUGCCCUUACAAAGCUCACAGCGCUCGUGAUUCUACUGACAAAGGAAACAAGCAAACAUCAAAUGGGGCGUUUGCAUCAUCGUUUAAGGCGAUUACCAAAAAUUUCUCGCCUGAUGAAAAAUUGGCCUUGGAACAGGAUAUUAAAGAAUUUUUAAAAUCUGAAAGGGGAUCGAAAGAUUCUUGCCGCGAAUAUAAUGAAAAAAUAUCAUUGGAUGAAGAUGGUUCGGAUAUCAUUGUUCGACGUAAGAGAACAGUGAAGACGAAAGGAAAUCUGGGGCAAAGGGGCAAUGGAUAUAAUUAUGAUAAAUUAAAAGUUUUGGAUGAUUGCACCUCAGUGUCCCCGAACAAAAUGCUACCAUCAACCGAUCAUACUAAUAAGAGCGUUUCGAUAAAAUCGAAGAAAAUCACAUCGGGUAUUUCCAUUACAUCACGAUCAAUGAGCCCAUUCUCAUUGCCUGCCACGAAGGUAGAAAACUUCAAUGAAACGCAACAUACGAAAUCCACAAUCAAACAAAAUGUCCUUAAACAGAAAGAAGUAACAUCUGAUCCUGAAUCUGAUUACAGUAAAAGCUUACGCAUGAAAACAAACCAUCGUUUUAAUGGUAAUUUGGAUUUUACAACAGCAGUUAAGCUGAAAGUUUCACCUAAACGCAAGAAUCGAAAGCAUAAGUCAAAACCGUGCAUCAGAAAAAGUUGCUCGGAAACAAAUGUUUACCUGCUAAAACCCGACAAUCAAGAUAUCAAUUCAUCAAUUGGCGAUUACAAACUAAGUACAUGCCCAAAAUCUUCAGCCACAGACACGAUGAACCAGGUUUCAGAUCCUUCACUGAACAGCUCGGGAAAAGCAGAAGAGCUGAAAAUUUGUAAAGAAACAAAACAAGAAUCAAAUGAUUCGGUCGUUGUCAUCCCAAGAAAAGUUUCUUUGAUUGAAAUUGAAGAGCCAUGUGCAAGUACAAGCAAAUAUUUAAGAUGUCAUUCCGUGACCAAUGAGCAUGACCGGAAUGAUAGAUGUGGCGUCAUGGAAAGUCCUAAAAGUGUUAAAUCUAAUAUACCGCAAAGCACGACGGGUUGUUCUUGCAUGAAAAAUAAAAAAAUGCAAAUUCUAGCAUCAUGCAAGGUUUCAUUAGAUCCAGCAGGAAGUCAUUCAAAUAGAGAGACUAAAUGCCGGGAUAGAAUAUGCCAUUCGCCCAAAUUCUACGAUACCGAGUCCUUAUCAAGUUUAGAAGAAAAUUUUUGUAAAAAACGAAUGUCUAAAUUAACGACGAACCCAGUUGAUGUCUCAAAAUUGCCACCACCUCCGCCCUUUCGUCGCUAGUGAUAGUCCUCAUUUCAAAUGUGUGAUUUGCAGAUGGGAGUGAUUAAUUAAAUUAUUUGUUGUUGUGUAAAUAGUGAUGUUACCUGUCCGAUUUGUAAUUUUAUUUAAAAGAGGGAUGAAUAGUAUGUAAGU